UUCAUUUUGAAAUCACAAAUUCGUUACAGUAAAAAUAAAGCGGCGUUAAACUUAAAAACUUAUCUCGUAUCUCGUUAAAAAAAUUGAUUACACGAUCUAAAAGAUGGACAAAAGGAAAAAUGGGUAUUAUCCUUGUGAUCAACAAAUUAUUCUCAAAUAUGAACGAUAUUUAUCUCCAUAUGGACGAAAAGUGAUGUCAGCUUUAUUGCAUUUAAAAAAAGAAAGAAAAACCAGUAAUAAUUUAAGGCCAAUUGUAAAUCCACCUGCGCAUUCUCGCUAUCAAAAUAAAAGAGUUUUGAGUUUUAAUUAUUCAGAAACUUCAAGAACUUUACCAAUAUUUAACGAUUUGGUUACCGAUAACAGUGAUAAUACCUCGAUUCCAGAAUUGAAUUUACAAAACCUAAAUAAUAAUACUGUAUCACUAGUAUCUUCACCUAAAGAUUUAUUAAAACCAGUUCUGGAUAAUGACAUUGGUGUAACAAAAGAAAAUGUACGCCACACAAAUGUUACUAACUGUGAUUCGUCUACAAUAUUGCAAUAUUCAAAUCAUACAGAAAAUUCUCGUAAUGUAGUAAAUGAAACAUCCGAUGAUAUAACCUGGGACAAUAUGUUCGACACCGAUAUUUUACAAUAUUUCGAAGAUACAGAUAAGGAUAAAAAUAAAAGAGAUGCUCCAUCUCAUAAAGUAUUAGCUUUGGAAACUGUUGACAAUAACGAAUAUUCAUCUAAACAUGAAUUCGCAGUUAAAGGCAACGAGAAUGUUACUGAAAAAGGAAAACUUAAAGUAGAAAAUGCUAAGGUAAACGUUAAAAAGGCAAAAAUAGCCGCACCUAAGAUCGGUAAUGAAAAAAUUAGUUUCCGUAAAGAAAAAUACACAACAACUGUUAAAAAUUGGUUAAAUGACAUGGAUCCUACAAACAUUGUGACUGACGAAUACAUUUUUAGUCACAACAACCAAGAAAAUAUAACCAAUACCUUAGAUAAAGAGACUUUACCAGUCAAAGAACAGGCCAGUAACAAUCCAAAAAUGGAGGAAACUAUUAGCAAAGGAAAAAAGAAUAAAAGGUCUAUACAAGCACAACUGGCUAACAAGGACGGAGUUAUGAAAUAUAAGAGACCUAAGUAUGUUGUUAAAAAUCAAAUAAAUACUGAAAAUGACCAAACUACAUCUGCAGAUAGCAACAAUAAUAAUGUUGAUCAAAAAACCGAAUCGAUAAAAGACUUUAAUUUAAAAGUCAAUACGAAACCUAUAAAAGAACCAAAUGUAAAAGAAUUGAAAGACAAAAAAGCUAAGUCUAAAGGGACAACCGAAACUAUUAAGGAAACUAAUGCUAAAGUAGUUAAAGAGAAAAAAGUUAAAGCUAAAUUUGUUGUGCCAAUAAAAUCACAGAUACCAGUGCAAGAUGUAACGUAUAAAGUAGUAAUUAUAAACAAUUUAAUUGAUAUUUCCACAAUUAUAUGUGAUCUAGAAAAGUUUGAACAAGAGGAAGGUAUAAUGACUAUGGUUUAUAGCAAUGGGUUCAGCCAACUAAACGACCAGCACACCGAAGAUACUUGUUCUCCUGAAGGAAUCAUGUUCCACUUCCAAGAUACCUUCUAUUACACAGAAGGUCAAGUUGAUGGUAUCACGAAUGUAUUGUGUCGAAUCUUGUCAAGUAACGCAAUUGUUAGUUUUGAUGCUAAGAGCGUAUUGGUAUAUUUGAUGUACCAAUAUGACAUCAAUCCAAAUAGCUUCAACAUAAUCGAUGCGAAGAUUGGCGCAAGCCUAAUAAAUCCUGACGAACCCCCAGAGAAUUUCUCUGACAUGCAAAAGCUACUUGGCUACACUGCGGAAUAUACCAUCGCCACGGAGUGCACGUUACAGAAGGUGGCUUGGUACAUGACACUUCUCAAGGAAUGUUCUUCCAAGCUGAAGUGUCUAUUGCUGGAGCAGGGGCUUUGGAAGGUCUUUGUUGAUAUUGAAAUGAAGAUCUUACCAAUUAUGUCAGAUAUGGAACACCGAGGUAUAUCCGUGGAUCUAACCAAACUGAAGUCAAUGGAGGACAUCUUGCUGACUCGCAUAAAAGAGAUUGAGAGCCGGUGUCACAAAGCAGCCGGCAAGGUGUUCCAGAUAAACUCUACGGUGCAAGUUCGGGCCUUGAUCUAUGACGAGUUGCAGCUUGAUACCACGUCCAAUAUCAAGAUAAGGGAGACGAUAUGCAAGGGAGCUAAAUCUACAUCAGAGGCAAUGUUGCGUUCCUUAAUCACCGUACAUCCGCUACCGAAGCUGAUUCUGGAAUACCGCCACCUGCACAAAGCUCACGCGACGUUCCUCGCGGGGAUCGCGCAACACGUCCAAGAUGGAGUCGUUAAGCUUACUUGGGACCAGACAGCGGCAGCUACGGGCCGCAUAGCUUCCAACAACCCAAAUCUGCAAGCCAUCCCUAAAAUGCAGUUCAACCUGGUCCUCUUCCCCAACGAUGACGAUAAAGAUCCGCAGGCCCUGAACUUUCGUUCGGUAUACGUGGCCAGGCCUGGAUACACGCUGCUUGCAGCAGACUUCAAGCACAUCGAGUGUAGAGUGUUCGCUCAAGCUGCGGCAGACACCGGCCUACUCUCUGCUUUGAAGAGUCCUGACCUGUUCCGAGUCUUGGCUGCCAAGUGGCUAAACAAGCCGGAAUCAGAAGUGUUCCCAGAAGACCGGGAGCGCACCAAGCGCAUGGUGUACGCGAGUUUGUACGGCGCGGGGACUCGCAAGCUGAUGGAGAUUCUCAACCUCGGCUACGAUCAAGUGCUCUCUAUCAUGAGCAGUUUCAACAGAACAUUUCCAUCGCUGAAGAGCUUCGGCAGGUCGGUGGUAGCGCAGUGCUCCAGACAGGAAGGUCGCCUCACCACCGCCAGUGGAAGGGCGAGGACCUUCAAAAACAUCACCAGCUCUGACUUCCAAGCCAAGUCCCAUGCUGAAAGGCAGGCUGUCAACUUUAUAAUACAAGGAACGGCAGCAGACUUGUGCAAAAUGGCGAUGGUGCUGUCAACUGAUUGUCUGCGGCUAGCCUCGCCGCGAGUGGAAGCACACUUACUAUUACAGAUUCACGACGAGUUGGUGUGGGAAGUUCGGGAGCAACACCUGGAUACUGCUGCUGUCUGCAUCAAAAACGCAAUGGAAAAUUGUGGCCAAGUAUUCGGCAUGGUCCAAACCCUGCCUAUAUCGAUGUACCAAGGCUCCAACUGGGGAGAAAUGAACGAAUACCUUCCUAAACUUCUAGAAUAAUACCUUUUCCAUAAUAAAAUCAUAUUUCUUACUAAUAUUAUUA